AUGGCUCCCUCCAAGACAGGUACUUCCAAGGGCAAGACCUCGGCCAAGAACGCCGCUAAGGCCGCCUUGAAGGGCGUUCACUCCCACAAGAAGGUCAAGGUCAGGACUUCGACCACCUUCCGCCAGCCCAAGACCCUGUCUCUGGCUCGCGCCCCCAAGUACCCCCGCAAGGCCAUCCACCACCAGCCCCGUCUCGAUGAGCACAAGAUCAUCGUCCACCCUCUCAACACUGAGAGCGCCAUGAAGAAGAUCGAGGAGAACAACACCCUCGUCUUCAUUGUCGACGUCAAGGCGAACAAGGCCCAGAUCAAGGACGCCCUGAAGAAGCUCUACGACAUCGACACCGUCAAGAUCAACACCCUCAUCCGUCCCGACGGCCAGAAGAAGGCUUACGCCCGUCUGACCCCUGACGUCGAUGCCCUCGACAUCGCUGCCACCAAGCUGGCCCUUGUCUAA